GGAGCGGUAUGCAUUUGUCGGUGGUAAAAAGAACAUAUUUGUGCCUUCUGCGGAAAGGAUCCUAAGGGAUAAUAAGAGUGUGACCGAUUCCUUGUAUGUGGGUAAUCCAAACGGGGUUCUCGACGAGUAUACGGUGUUCGGCAACGGCAUUACUGCCAAGGUCAAUCUCUUGGAGAGGAACUGUUCUUGUCGUAAAUUUGACUUGGUGAAAAUGUCGUGCAAACACGCGAUGACAGCUUUGCGAGCAAAGUACGGCGAUGGCGAAGAUUAUGGUAACUCCAUCUAUGACUACUCUUCACCAAUUUAUAAAGCUGAAAGUUACCUCCUCGCAUACUCAGAAGCAAUUAACGUGGUCCCUCCAGAGGCUGAAUGGACUGUGCCACAGGAAUUGGUAGACACCAAAAUUUCUCCACCCCCGUACGAUCCCAAACUCGGAAGGAAGAAAGUCAAACGCACUAAGGGCGUCGGUGAGACUUUCAAGUCCAAAAAGAGGAAUAGGUGUUCAAUAUGCAAGAAAUCCGGACACAAAAGAACCAUGUAUAGAAUGGGCCUCAAAUCAUAA